AUGAACGCACUUGAUCAUUGGGGUGAACGUUAUGAAUGCGAGACCUGCGACCGGGAGUUCUUCACACAAGAGUCAGCAAAUCAGCACAUGAACGCUCUUGACCAUUGGGACCGACGAUUCGAGUGCGAGACCUGUGACAGGACAUUUCACACCGAGCAAUCCGCUAAUCAGCAUAUGGACGAUACAAACCACUGGCAACCUGAAUUCGAAUGCGAUACUUGCGACCGGGCAUUCUAUACCCAACAAUCCGCUGAUCAGCAUAUGAAUGAUAAAAACCACUGGAAACCUCAAUUCGAAUGCGAUACCUGCGACCGAGCAUUUCAUACGCAGACUUCUGCCGAUCAGCAUAUGUCAGCUCUCAAUCACUUUAGGCAAUAUCACUGCUCUGAUUGUAGCAGAUCUUUUCAGGAUGAGAACGCGUUAAAGAUGCACCUUAACUCAAGCCUUCAUCGCGGAAAAAACAUCGUAUGUCCAUUCUGCAAAGUAGCUAAGGCUUCUACCAGCAGCCUUUCGCACCACCUUGAGACUGGCUCAUGCCCGCGUGCCAAGGAUGUCAAUCACCACACACUCUUCCACGCUAUCAGCCAGCGCGAUCCCAAUGGUUUAGUGACAAACAAGCUCCUCACUUACACCGACUCCAACGUACAAAACAUUGCAACAUCUGCGAGCUGGAACGGCCGUAGCUACGAGUGCUACCUCUGCCACCGAGAGCAUGGAAGCCUUGGAGCAUUGAAUCAACAUCUGAACUCAUUAGUACAUCGCGAGAAACUGUACCAUUGCCCGAAUAGAAACUGCACUCGUGACUUUGUAGGACUAGCAUCACUUUUCAAUCACCUCGAGAGUGAAAGCUGCGGUUUUGUGCGGUUCGAAAAGGUCCAGCAAAAGGUUCAUAGCUUCAUCACUGGAGGGCAGAAGUUGAUUAGCUUCGCAUGA